AUGGCGACGGCGACCGCAGAGCCCAACUCGAAAGAGUCCACCGCUCAAUCUACCGAUCCAAAAACUCCGAGCUACUAUGGUUAUCUGAUCAACCCGGACAAGACUCCGACACCCACUCUCGAUGCGUUGCUGCGCUCUAUCGCACGGUACAUUACCACAGACAUCGGCGACAAAAAUGUCCAACUUUUGACUCCCCAAAAGCUUGCUGCCUUUUACAAGGCUGUUGGUGGAAACUAUGACUCGCUCUUCAUCGAAAUGCUCUACCCCGCCAUAUCUUACAUAUGGCAGGUUACCGGUUGUCAGCAUUCUCUGCAACCUUCCGAGAACGAUUUCGAAGCGCCUUCAGUUCCGGCUUUGACACUGCGCGGAUUUGUACGGUGGGAAUCAAUCGAGAUCUUGCUCUGCCCGGAAGAGCAUGUCCCCUUCAUUCAGCACGCCGUGAAGAACUGGAACCUGAAGCAUCCAGAAACGAAUGAGCCUUUCCCUCCAAACCUACCAGCCGAUGCGUUCCCCGUCAAACCCGACCCGGUUAUUGAGAAGUGGCACAAGGAAUGCGCUGAGAAACUAAGAAAGGCUGCAGCUCCUAAAGACGACCAAACAUCACCGAAAACUACCUCCGCGCCGCCUCCCAACUGGCCACCAGAAAGAGACGAGCCGAGGGUCAAGGCCGCUUACGCCCACGUUCGCAACCCCUACCCCAAGCCAUCACCCCCUCCUCGUGGGCCACAAGCCGACUACUUCGCUCCGCCAACCCGCCCGGUAGCUUAUAGCCAUGUACCGGGACAUGCCGGGCGUUAUCCCCCUUCUCGCUUGAACAUCCCUCCUCGAAGUCCCGAGCAAGAGCGAUAUCGGGGUACAAAUUCUCCAGAUGACCGCCGGCGACGGAGCUUCUCCGACUACCCAUCACCCUCUCAAGAUCCCAUGUAUGCCUCGGAACACUUGCAUCCCAACAGACCGGACAUGCCCCCUCGUAGGCACAGCCAGCCUCGUCACUACUCGUCGUCUUCAACAUCUGAUUCCGAGGAAGACAUGAGCCCACGAUCCAAGCGCAGGCCACAUACACACCACUCCAACGAGCCACCGCCACCACCACCACCACCACCAGGCUUCAGGCGCAUGGCCCCUCCGGCACCCCCUUCGUCAUCUGUGCCAGUCCCACCUUCUGGGGCCCGCUUGCACCGCUCCGAGCUGAGACCUGAUGACCCGCGUCGACGUAGCAUUCCGAUUGUUGAAAAGAUUAGCGAGAAGGUUGCGUCCAUCCUUCCCACCAGUCGGUCGCCAGACCGUCACCGGAGCACCUCUGGCCGCCGCAGUGAUCCGCCAUCACGCCGUAGCCGUGAGCAUCUGCCUGGCUCUAAGCUGAAUCGUAGCUGGCCAGAGAUUGCUCCAGGUGACUCGGAUGAUUCUGACUCCGAGGACGAGCGUCGACGUCACCAUCGAAGCCGCGCACGCAGAGAAAUCGAAGAAAGGGAGCAGAGAGAACGAGAAAGAGAAAGGGCGCGCGAGAGGGACCGCGGCAGAGAUCGGGACCGGAGACGCGACAGAGAAAGAGAGAGGGGCUACGAACGCGACAGAGAUCGCGAAAGAGACCGUGUGGUAGACUGGGAGAGGGAUGACGACCGAGAGGCCCGCAAGCAACGGGAAAGGCAGCACCUUGCGCGGCCCGAGGCCCACCGCCGGACCAGCAGCCACGCUGACGUGGAUCGUAUGCGGGAACGAGGCGAGCCGCCAUGGGAUCCUCGCGAGCGUGAAAUGAGAGACGAGAGAAAGAGGUGGAAAGAAGCACCGCGCGGCGCGAGCCCAACGAUCUCUGGUGUUGGGGGACGUCAAUACCCAACCAAACAGGCUUGGGACUAA